AUGUUUUAUUCAAUCUCCAGCUUAUUCUAAAUCAAUGCAAAUGAAAAUUUCUAUUAUCUUUAGCAAUGAAGAGAAUGUUGAGGGAGCCACGCAUAAGCAUGUUGUGGAGUUGAUCAAAUCUGGUGGAAGAAAGCUUUCGAUGGUUGUGUUAUCCUUGCCGCCAAGCGAGGUCAGAAAAUUGGAUCCACCAGAGGAUGGGCAGGCACCAGAAUACUUUGAUUACUCAGACAAAAGACAAAUAUUUGUCACAAUACCAGAAACACGACAGAUUGAUAACGGAAGGGAGAAAUAUGCGGUGUUUAAUAUCUAUGUCAAUGACAGACAUAUCUGCUCUAGACGAUACAAAGAAUUUUCAAAUUUAAACAAUGAGCUGAAGAAACAGUUUCAAGAUUAUGAUUUUCCUAAAUUUCCUGGCAAGUGGCCAUUUCAGUUAUCUGAACAACAACUGGAUAACCGACGGAAGGCCUUGGAGUUGUAUUUAGAACAAGUUACAUCAAUUCGGAUAAUUCAUGAUUGCGAUGCAAUGAAAGAGUUCAUGAAAUCUUCAGAGGAAGUACAGGUCAAUAAUUUGGAAGUGGAAUUGAAAAUUGCCUUACCUGACCAAACAGAAAGGCCUGUGAAGGUUGAGAAAAGUUUUCAAACUCAGGAUGUUUGCAAGGCGUUUUUGAAAAAGAUUGGAAUGAGCGAAGCAUCUGCUAAGUACUUCGCUUUGUUUGAAAUUAUUGGAAAAGCAUUUGAGCGAAAAUUAAGAGACAAUGAAUUUCCACACACAAUAUACAUCAGAAAUUAUUCCAGCGAGCUGCCCAGUUGUCUUGUAUUGAGGAAAUGGGUUUUCACUUUACCAAGGGAAAUUGAAAUGGAUGAUGAAGAACUAGCAUUCAACUUACUUUACGAUCAGGCUGUGGACGAUGUAAGAACGUUAAAAAUUAAGUCAGAUGAAAAGUUCAAAAAACUUGAAGAAUAUAAAAGUUUGGGCAAGAAAGCCGAGUAUUUAAAGCUUGCAAGAUCACUGCAAGAUUAUGGUUGCGUUCGCUUCCCACAUUGCGAAUGCGAUGCCCGUAAAAAAGGCCAUGUCAUAGUUUCCUUCAAUCUUAACAGCAUUUUCCUUCAAGCGUGUUCUGUGGAUGGAGAGCCGGAGGUAUAUCACGUUUAA